AUAGAACAGAUCUACCGCUUCUUAGACUUGCCUUCAAUGAGAACGACAUAUCUAUAACUCACAUUUCUAUGUGCGUUUUGUCGGGUCGCCCAAAGAGUUACAUAUUGCAGCUUUAAGUUAUAUGUCAACUCAAAACUAGUCAAUAAAAUAUUUAAGUAUAAUUUACAAUACAUGUUCAUUAAGCUUCACAUUUUACAUCUGGAAACUACACUUUUACUGUGUACAUUGUCUAAUCUGACACUACACCAGUACUGUAUAAAGCUGGUAAUCUGAAUCAAAGGUCAUUAGAUACUGUAGAUAUCUAAAUAGAUUAUAGAAAUUGAUAUGCUUGUUAGUUUGAAUGAUUUACUUGUUCAUUGAUUUGCCAGUCAACAGAGGCGGAGAUAUACAGAAAGAGAAUGUGAGAAAAGGAGAGACUCAGGAAGUCAACAGGGGAAGUUUAGUGGUUUCUUGCGUCAUUGCUUGCUGCUGCUUGGUUGUGCCUGUGCAGAGUGAAGGUAGGAACAGUCUUAACUCUCUUACUCUUUCUUAUUCUUGUUUUUACCUGUAAGUCACCCCGACACGGGACAAGAGUAGCAGUGACACCAACACAUCCUCCGAUGUGGGAUGGUAGGGGUCAGGGGGAUGGAGAGGUGGGGUCAGGCUCAGAGGCUUUAUGUUCUACGACAGGCCUGCAGUCACAAUGUACAGUUAAAUGGACUUCAGCUGUAGUGAGAGGGCCCCAAUUGCCACGAGAGACAGAGAAGAGAGGGUCACAGAACAGUCAGAGACUUGGUUUGGGGUGUCAGGGUGUCCCAUCAACAUAGAGAGGCUUGAUUGAAUUUGAAGUGUCCCCAGAUCACAGCACUGAGAGGGCGACUGGGAGUAUUGGGGUGAAGGGUGUGGCUUGUUCAUUUUGUGAAAAAAUAUAUUGGUGGAAAGUGAAGAGUUAUGUAUGCUGUAGAUUGUGAGCGAUGCACAGUUUGAUUUGAAGUGACCACAUUAAGUGUUGUGUUGGUGUAUACAUAUGAUUUUGCUGGUUUCUUACUUUACAGAGUGCCACAAACACAACAACAUACCGCAUGACCCAGCAGAAUAGCUUAACACAGCUCAGUAUAGCACAGUAAAGUAAUGCACUUCACAGAGUUAAACAUAAAGCACAAUAAAAUCCAAUGAAGAAAACAACACCGCCUGUAAUAUGAACAGCACAUUGUAAAUAUAUAUGAAAUCCACGUUACAAUUGACCAAUUCAUACAGAAAAUACUAAUAUUAAACACGCACAUACACACAUAGUUAACAACAGGGCUGAAUGUGAGAAGUUGAGGCAGGAGAAAAUAAGAGAUGCGGAGACUCCGGAGAAAAGGAGGGAACAAUGAGAAGGUGUUUGGCUGUCACCUGUUGGACCACCUGGCUAUAACCUGUCAGGAGAUUCCUCAGGUGCUGCGAAGCUGCAGUGAAUUCAUUGAGAAGCAUGGGGUUGUAGAUGGAAUCUACAGGCUAUCUGGGGUGUCAUCCAACACACAGAAACUAAGGGGUGAGUUUGACAGUGAGGGAACCCCAGAUCUCAAUAAGGAUGUGUACCUGCAGGACAUUCACUGUGUCAGCUCUCUCUGCAAGGCCUACUUCAGAGAGUUGCCCAAUCCUCUCCUCACAUACCAGCUCUAUGACAAAUAUGCUGAAGCUGUGGCAAUUCAGCUGGAGGACGAGAGGCUGGUGAAGAUCAAGGACGUGCUGAAGGAAUUACCCACUCCCCAUUACAGAACUCUAGAGUUCCUGAUGCGUCACCUUGUAAAGAUGGCUUCUUAUUCCUCACACACCAACAUGCAUGCCCGGAACCUCGCCAUUGUUUGGGCUCCAAACCUUCUCAGGUCAAAAGACAUUGAGGCGUCAGGGUUUAACGGUACUGCAGCCUUCAUGGAGGUGAGGAUCCAGUCCAUCGUAGUGGAAUUCAUCCUCACCCACGUGCCCCAGCUGUUUCCUGAUUCAGGUAUUGGUCUGGAGUGUCUUAAGUCAUUCCCAUCUCCCUCUAUACACAAUCCAGAGAAACCUUUAUUCCGGGCCAUUCCAUUCCAGUUAGGCAAUAUCAGCCCAGGGGACGGCCCCCCAGCCAUGCGUUCAUAUCACGCCAUCAUCGACGGCACAGACAAGAGGAAGGGAUCUCUCAAGAGCAGGAAGUGGAAGUCCAUCUUCAAUUUAGGAGGCAGACUCCAAGACCCGAGACGAAGGAACAAGAACUCAACCAAAGAAAAAGAGAGAACUGUCUUAAGGCCAGCCAAGAGCAUGGAUUCCCUGAGCUCAAUGCCCUAUUUGCAUGAAGGUUCCAGACAACGAGCCCCUUCCACUGUCAUGUCCCCCCUGGCUCAGCCCUCUCCCUGUCCCCAAGGUGGUGCUGAUAGAGGGGCAUCCACUAAUGGUAGUGAUGUGGGCAGCGGAUAUGCUGUGACCUUCCGGAGGGGUCAGGGGGCUAGUGUGAGUGUAGUGAGCGGGGGAGCAAAGGGCAAAUACAGUCGACUGGACAGUCACUGUAGUGGGGGCAACAGCACUGAGGCUCUGCAACCCCCAUCCAGAUCCCCAGGACUCUCCAGCAAAGCGGACCGGCGGGCAGGGAUACACAUCUCCGGACCUUUCUCAGUCACCGUCCCCCUUCACAUCACAUCAGGCCUGGCCUUUGGGGUGCUGCAGGGGGGUGGAGCAGAAAGGGGCAAUCAUAGCAGAGAUAAGGGGGAGGGUGAGAGACAGGAGGAAGGGGAAAGGCACAUCCGAGUGGAAGUUGUGGUGGAGGACGAGACUGACGGAGUCAACAGAAGAGAUCAAGAGGUAUCGGAGGAGAGGAGAGAUGAGGCAGAGGAUGAUAAAGUUGAAGGAAAAGAAGACAGAAGAAAGGAGGAGGAACUGAAUGGGGACUGUGUAUCUAAGCCAUCAGAGGAGAGGGGUGAAGAGAGUGAGGGUGGAGGAGAGGAUACAGUAAACGAUGAAGAGGAGGAUGAAGAGGGAGAACACAUGGAAAUCAAAGGCUCUGUGCAGACUGCCCUGGAUUCUCCAAAUGGUGUCAGAAAUGACGCAGUUGCCACAGAUGUGCCGUACCCUACGACGAUGGAGGAGGACGAUGCACAAGUCCAGGACUGCCCACUAGACUUUCAGGAUACUUUUGGAUUCCUGGACCUCAUGGACAGCAGUGCCUCCACCAAGAUGUUCCAGGCGUUCUCAGUGGAGCCUCAUCAUGGGGAAGAUGAGUAUGAGGACGAGGUGGAGCAGAGAUCCCCUGAACUCUCACAUGACAAACCAGACUCUGUCACACAGCCACCUGUAGACACACAGACACAAAUACAGACAGGCUGCCAAACAGAGACACACACACUGAGGCAGACACAAACGCCCACACACAGACCUCUAAGCUUUGAUCAAUAUGUACGAGCCGACAAGUCAAUGAGUCUACCUUACAUGUCCAGGCCCUUCCUGCCUGCUCGGUGCUCUUCCUCUGAAGAAGAGGAUAAUGACGACAAAGAUGCUGAUUACGACAGAGAAGAUGAGGACGAUGAUGACAUGUUCUGUAAAAGUCUACCUUCUAGUUUGGUGUUCAACAGACUGACAUGGAGUGGGCCUCAGACUGACGUGGAGAGCGCUUUGUCCCUCCCUGCUAAGCCCUCACAACAAUUGGACAGUGCUUCUGAUGACAGACCAAUUCCUAUGGACCUAUCACAGAGUUCUGAGGCCAGAAUGCCUACUGAGCACUUGGACAUUGAUUCCCCUGAUUGCUGUAACCCAUCAGAAGAGGUCUUGAGGCAUAGCAAGGCUGAAGAAGAGAAUAGACUGGAAGCGAUAGACCUGUUGGGGGAGGAGGAUGCAGGGCAGGAUCCAGACAACCAGGAGAAAGACCAGGCAGACACACUGACGAAUACAUGCACAGAAAGCACUGAGAUACAAGAAUGUUGUCACUCGGUUGAAACGAGCAUGACGAAGGAAGAGGACAUUGAGAGGGGCCUCGCUUCAGCGUCCUCAUCAACUGACUGUGAGGAGGCCUCACUGCAGACCACUGCAGAGGAAGAGGACACUGGAGUUCACCUGCAGCUCAGAGACGAGGAGGACCUGAAGAGUCACUGUGGUGAAGGUGUGAUUUCAGAGGGUUACAAUGGCGAUACCGUGAGCGAAGCCGAGAAAGCAGAUUCACAAGAGCAUUUACUCACUGCCUGUCGUAUAGUUUCCUGUGCUGAAGAGCCAAAGAACAUACUCAAUGAGCGAUCGGAGGUAGUUUCAGCUGGGGGCGCAAUGGAGCAGCCUGAAAAUAGUGCUGAGAGGGAUAGCGAGGGAAAGGAGGAAGAUGUAGAGGAAGAGAUGGAGGAAAGAGAAGAUAGAAAUAAGGGAGAAUUUAACAAACAAGAAGGAGAGGUAACAAGAACUGAGACUGAGAAGAGAGAGGUAUUAAAGGAGUUGGAAGAAACAGAAGGGGAGGACUUUGGGGCGAGGGCGCAAAGAGGAAUGAUUGAAGAAGAGGAAAGGAUUGCAGGUGAGGAAGGGGAAGUAGGAGAAGAAGACAUUUAUGAGAUAAAGAGCAUAUUAGCCAGGGAUGACAUGAUGGAAAGUGGAGAGAGGAAGGAUAGGGAAGGGGAGACUGAGGAAAGUAAAGUUAUGGAGGAGGUGAUAGAAACCAAAGAGGGAGAGAGUAUUAGAGUACAGCAGAAAGAGAUAGAUAAGGAAGGAGAGAGUAAGACAAGUGAAGAGAUGAGUGCAAAAGAAGAGACGAAGCGAGAGGUGGAAGGAGUGGAUACCAUGGGAGAGACUGAGGAAGAGGCAGCUGAAGAGGGGAUGGAAAAUAUGUUGAUUGAUAAUGAGGAGCAUAAACAGGACCUAGAGGCACAGCAUGUUUUAGAGAGAGGAGAAAGAGCUAUAGAUCUGAUGAAGGAUGUUGCGGGAGAGGGAGAUGAGGAGGGAGAUAAAGAGAUGGAAGUGGGAGGUGUAAUCAGGGACGAAGAAGGAGAUAGUAUACAUGUGGUCCAACAGGAGACAGAGGAACAUGAAUCAACAGGGCCAGAUAAGGAGAACCAAGAGAGGGAGAAUGAAGGAGAGACAAAAGACCAACUACAGAUACCAACAAUAAUAGAGGAAAGUGAGGAAGAACUGAAAGAGGUCCAGAUUUACAUCAAAGAAUUGAAUAAGGGACAGAAGGAAGGGAGAGGUAGUAAAGUGGGUUCUGAAAAAGGGGUGGGGAGAGUGCUGGUCAGGUCUAAACAACAAACACCCCCUAAAGUGUGUCAAUCAAGAUCAGUGCCAAUGGUACCACCCAAGCCACAUCACUGCCGAAUAACUUCACUGAACCUCAGACAAGAGCAGCAGAGGGAGAGGAGAGCGGCAGACAGAGCCAGGGGGGAGGGAAAGGUACACAGGGCUUUGGGACAGCAAGAUAAGGACAAAGAGAGAAAGAUGGAAGGGAAGCCAGAGCAUGACAAAGUCUGCGAGACAGAACAACAGUGAAAUUUGAAAGGGGAAGAUGAGGACAGAGGCAAAAGGGAGUGGCAGGAACAGUGGGGAGGGGAGAGGAGGAGAGAUGUGGAAGAGGGGGGAAUGAGAGACAUGAUGAAGAACAGUCAAAUAAGUAUGUGUUUUGAUGAAGCUGUUGAAAUGGAAAUCAAGAGAGGGAGUGAGGAAGAGGGAAGCAGUGAGAGGGAGAAACAGAAAGAUUGAGGAUAUGAAGUACAAUAAAGAGAAAGAUGUGGACAAAGACGCCAGUAAAUGUUGUAGUCAUCGACUCUGUCUGGACGGUUAGUAUACAACUGAUCAUUUAUAUACAAUAUAUAAAUACAUUAAACAUUUAAUUUUUAUUAUACUCCCUGUAUAAUUCAGCCUGGGUCUAGAACCGGCCCACUCAGAUUCAGGGCAACUCAGAAAACUGAUCCUCCGCACUCUCUCUCUCUCCCUCUGUAAAUGUCCCCCUUUUUGUUGCUGCUUUUAACCUAUUAAUGUAACUUACCAUUUUAACUGCUUGGUUUUAAUCAAUCUGCAAAGAGUUGUCAAUGUACACCAAGUAUGGAAAUCUCAGGUAUCACAUCUCAUGCAUAAGCACAAUUGGUGUUGUUAAGAGUGAGCAAGCAAAUGGUGAGAAAGCAAAUGUAAUAACUUUUUAGGAGUUAAUGAUUGCUUAAUGAUUGUCUAGAGAUGUUUUUAAGGGCAAUGUGUCAUCAUUUGUGUCAAUUCCAUUAAACAAUGCAUUUUCUGUUUUAUUUGUUUUUGUAAAUAAACUUCUUCUGCAA